AUGAUAUUUCUUAGGAAGAAACACAAGCCUUCUUCAAGUGUUCUUCCUCUUCAAUUAACUUCUCUGUAGAAUAACACUCACCCUUUUUUCAAACUCUCCUUCUCAAAAGUUGAAGAAAAAUGGCCACUGAAAAGCUUAGAGGUUGUGCAAAAUUCUUUGAGAGCUCUAAACCCUACUUGGCCAUGAUCUCUUUACAGUUUGGCUAUGCUGGCAUGAACAUUAUCACUAAGGUUUCCCUCAACCAAGGCAUGAGCCACUAUGUCCUCGUGGUUUAUCGCCACGCUAUUGCCACCCUUUCCAUCGCUCCUUUUGCCUUUAUUUUUGAAAGGAAAGGUCAACCGAAGAUAACAUUCAGAAUUUUCAUGCAAAUUUUUAUCCUAGCACUUCUCGGGCCUGUCAUUGAUCAAAAUUUCUACUAUGCUGGGUUGAAGCUCACAUCCCCAACCUUCUCAUGUGCAUUGAGCAACAUGCUUCCAGCCAUGACUUUUGUGAUGGCAUUCUUUUGCCGGAUGGAGAAGAUAAACUUAAAGAAGGUGAGAUGCAUAGCAAAGAUAGUGGGAACAUUAGUGACAGCUGCAGGAGCUAUGUUGAUGACCUUAUACAGAGGUCCUAUAGUGGAGAUGGUAUGGGCCAAGCAUGCUAAUCCACACAGUAAAACCAAUGGAACAAGCACCACAGGAUCAUUGGACAAAGAUUGGUUCUUAGGGUGCAUCUUUCUUAUGAUUGCCACCCUUGCUUGGGCUUCCCUCUUUGUUUUACAAGCCAAAGCUAUACAGACGUACAAGAAUCAUCAGCUAAGCCUAACUUCACUUGUGUGCUUUAUAGGCACAAUUCAAGCUAUUGCUGUUACUUUUGUAGCUGAACACAAUCCUUCAGUAUGGAGAAUUGGCUUGGAUAUGAAUUUACUUGCUGCUGCCUAUGCUGGGAUUGUGACCUCAAGUAUAUCAUACUUUGUACAAGGACUGGUGAUUAAGAAGAAAGGGCCUGUCUUUGCAACUGCCUUUAGCCCUUUAAUGAUGAUCAUUGUGGCUGUCAUGGGCUCCUUUAUCCUUGCGGAACAAAUUUAUCUUGGAGGUGUGAUAGGUGCCAUCUUGAUUGUUAUAGGGUUAUACUCAGUUCUGUGGGGAAAACACAAAGAACAAAUGGAGAGCAAAGUGGCAGAUGAAAUUCCCUUGCCUGUAAAGGAUGCUCAAGUUGGUGUAAUUGAAGGGCCAAUGAUUAAUGCUACAGAUAAUUUCACUGAAGAAAAAAGAGAUACCAACAACAACCUCUCUUCGGUGCUAAUAACUAUGCCUAAUCCAGAUGCUCCCUCGAAAGCUAACCAAGAUGCAAAGUCUUAAGCAAUUUGGAAAUGUUUCUUUAAAAAUAUAUGUUUCAUCAUAUCCUCAUUUUGCCCUUUUUAGCAAUUUUUCCUUUAUUGUUUUCUCUCUUCUUUUUUUUUUUUGUUGCUAUAAAAGGGGUCUUGUUUGUUUGUUGCAUUUAAGCAAUAUAUAAUUGUGUAAGAUAUUCCAAUAACUUGCUAGUCAAAUUAGAAAGAGAAUGAUCAUAAAGCUUCUGUCUCCCGAGGCUCUCUAUUAUAGAUUAAUUUCGUUCACUCUUA